AACCCUAUUUCUUUAUAUGCAACUCUCCAAGAAUCCGAUCAAACAAACGAGAAAUCGAGAGAAGAAACUCACCGACGAUUUCACCAUGAAGAGAUCUGUAAUCAUGGCUCCUGAAUCUCCGGUUUUUUUCCCACCUCCGCUUGUUUUCUCUCCGACGUCGGUGAAAACGCCGUUGUCUUCUCCUCGUUCGGCGCCACCGAAGCUGACGAUGGUUGCUUGUCCUCCAAGGAAGCCAAGGGAGGCAACGACUACGUCUUCGGGUUCGGAUUCUGAAACGGUGUUGAAACGGAAACGACCGCCGAUGCUUGACUUAACGGCGGCUCCGACGGUUGCAUCGUGGUGUAGUACGACGAGAGAGACGGCGGAGAAAGGAGCGGAGGUUGUUGAAGCUGAGGAAGAUGGAUACUACUCUGUUUAUUGUAAGAGAGGAAGACGCGGACCAAUGGAAGAUCGGUACUUCGCCGCGGUUGAUCGUAAAGACGACGGAGCUGUUAAAAAUGCUUUCUUUGGGGUAUUUGAUGGUCACGGCGGAUCCAAGGCGGCGGAAUUCGCUGCGAUGAAUCUAGGAAACAAUAUCGAGGCCGCGAUGGCAUCGGCAAGAUCAGGAGAAGAAGGUUGCUCAAUGGAGAGAGCGAUCAGAGAAGGUUAUAUCAAAACUGAUGAGGAUUUCUUGAAAGAAGGUUCCAGAGGCGGCGCGUGUUGUGUAACCGCUCUGAUAUCGAAAGGCGAGCUUGCAGUUUCGAAUGCAGGAGACUGCCGGGCUGUUAUUAGUCGCGGUGGAACCGCGGAAGCUCUCACUUCCGAUCAUAAUCCUUCUCAAGCAAAUGAGCUCAAAAGGAUUGAAGCAUUGGGUGGUUAUGUUGACUGCUGCAACGGCGUUUGGAGAAUUCAAGGGACAUUAGCAGUCUCACGAGGAAUUGGAGACCGGUAUCUUAAGGAGUGGGUUAUAGCCGAACCGGAAACCAGAACAUUACGGAUUAAACCGGAGUUCGAAUUCUUGAUCUUAGCAUCUGAUGGCCUGUGGGACAAGGUAACGAACCAAGAGGCGGUCGAUGUGGUUCGACCGUACUGCGUAGGCGUAGAGAAUCCAAAGACACUUUCUGCUUGCAAGAAACUAGCCGAGCUAUCGUUUAAGAGAGGCUCUUUGGAUGAUAUAAGUCUAAUCAUAAUUCAGCUACAACACUUUCUUCCAUGAUUCAUUAACAUAUACUAGUAUUUAGCUAAACUUAAUUAAUUUCAUAAUUAGGUCUUGAUAUAUUGAUAAUUUUGUUCAGUAUUUUUGUAAAUAAAUUAAAGGUUUAGAA